AUGUAUUCCCGGGUUGUUUACACUACAUCGACGGCUCUCACCAGCACCACAACAGCUGUUCCCCAGCCGACAGGUUUGCCUGGUGAUAAUGUGCCGCCCACUCAGCCCUCCCCAGCCCAGUUGAUGAUGUUAUUUGCGGCCCGCGCCAGGGCUGACCACGAGGCCAUGUCUUAUUACGCAGCAGCGUUAGCCGGGGUCAUGGCCCUGUUUGUCAUAUUCUAUAUGGCAAACUUAUCUCGCAAAUUCCUGCCGACGAGGCUGGUGAAUCUAUGCGCCAUUCCGAUCAGAUUUUUCAAGAGAUAUCUUAUCCGGACCGGACCGAAAAUGACCUCCGUAGGCCACGCUUUAAUUAGCGCCGGAUAUCUGGCUUUGAAUAUCUUGUUCAUAUUCAUUCAUUCGGAUUACGAUGCCAUGCCGAUGCAGUCCGUGAUCGCAGCUCGAACAGGAUGGCUUGCUCUGGCAAAUAUAUGCUUCACCGUCUUUCUUAGUCUCCGGAACACCCCUCUCGCAUACCUUACAGCCUGGUCAUAUGAAAGGCUAAAGUUCCUUCACGGUAUCGCCGGAAUCACAAUCGUGGUACACACCAUCAUACAUGGCGCUUGCUACUCAUCCUUUUUCAUCCAGCAGAACAACGCAAUUCGCCUCCAGGUAUUGGACGAGAUUUAUGGCAUUGUCGCCGGUUUCAUGCUUCUCAGCAUGGUCAUCGUUGCUGUAAUACUCAGCCGGAAACAUUACGAGCUAUUCUAUAUCCUCCAUGUCUUGUUCUUCAUACUUUCACUGAUCUUUAUUGGCCUCCAUCACCCCGAUGUCGCCGAAAACGUGGCAUAUGCAGUUGCCGUGGCCGGUGGCAUGUGGGUUCUCGACCACGCCGUUCGCCUUACUCGUCUCGGUGUCAAUAGCGUCAACAACACAGCGACUGUUUAUCCGUUACCGAACGGCGCGACAAAGAUCGUUUUCAAGAAAUGCCCCUCUACUGCCCGCUCUGGAGAGCAUGCGUAUCUCUGGAUUCCUCGCAUUCGACUCUUGGAAACGCACCCUUUCACCAUAUCCGCGGUCGAGCCUCUAGAGUUUGUGGUAUCAGCGCAUGAUGGAUUCACCCGCGACCUACACGAGUUUGCCUCAAAGAAUCCCGGUGCAGAUCUGUCGGCCUCAGUACAGGGGCCGUACGGAUAUUUGCCCGAUCUAACAAGCUACAACCGCAUCGUGUUGAUAGCAGGCGGUAGCGGAGCUAGUUUCACGGUGGGCGUCGCAUUGAAUAUCCUCGCAAGAAUGAGAUCGGGAUCCGAACAGAAGGUAGUCAUGGUGUGGGCAGUAAAGAAAUCCGCCGUUCUUAGCUGGUUCUCUACCCACUUACAGAGGCUCCUACAACACCCUAACUUCUCCGUAUCCCUCUUUAUCACCGAUGAACCUUUGUCAUCCAGCCGCGACAGGCCACACACGCAAGACGAGGGCCAACCUGGCUCAACUGAAGGACGCCGUUCUUCAAGGCUCAGCGAUUCCGAUACCGAGGCGCUUCGGUUUAAGGAGUCAGAUGUGCAAAACACUUUUAGCCCGUCGCUUAACUACGGGCGUCCGGAUGUUGCAGCCGUGAUUCGUCAUGCGGUCGAAGAAUCGACUCCAACUCAGCGAGUUAUUGUUAUGGGUUGCGGCCCCCAGAGACUAAUGCAGGAGUUGAGAAACAAUGUCGCUAGGGAAAUCCGCGCCACAGGGCCCUCUGUGGAUCUCCAUUGCGAGCAAUUUGGGUGGUAA